GAAAGCCGAAGCACUUGGAACGUUACCCAUUAUUAUUCUUGUCCAAAUUGCACUCUCCCUCUCUCUCUGCACCCUCCCCAAUCAAAUCAAACAAACGAGAGAAGGGAGAAGAAUAACCAAUGGCUUCUCCGGCGACACUUCCGAUUUCAAGUCCUCAAUCCACGGGGGCUUCUGGUGCCCAAUCUCAGCCCCCUAUUGCCACUCCCGCAUUUCGCUCCUUCAUCUCUCGCCUCUCAUCUUCGAUCCGUCAGGGUUUCGCUCAACGCCGCCCUUGGUAUGAACUUCUCGAUCGCACAUCCUUUGCUCGCCCUGACUCCGUCGCUGAGGCCGCCUCACGCGUCCGCAAAAACUUCUCCUACUUCCGCGUCAAUUAUAUUUCUCUACUCGCUGGCGUACUCGCUCUUUCCCUUCUCUCUCAUCCUUUCUCUCUCCUCGUCCUCCUCGCUCUCCUCGGUGGCUGGUUUUUCCUCUACCUUUUCAGGCCCUCAGAUCAGCCUGUUGUUAUCCUUGGCCGCACUUUCUCUGACCGCGAAACGCUGGGGAUCUUAGUAGUCUCCACUAUUGUUGUGGUGUUCCUCACCAGUGUUGGAUCGCUGCUCAUAUCUGCACUCCUUGUUGGACUGGCUAUUGUUUGUGCUCAUGGAGCUUUUAGGGUUCCGGAGGAUUUGUUUCUUGAUGAUCAAGAGCCGGGCAACGUUGGAUUCCUUUCGUUUCUCGGUGGUGCUGCCUCCUCUGCCGCGGCUGCCGCUGCUCCGGCUGUUGCUGCUCGUGUCUAGUCGGAUCACGUUUGGUGACACGAAUAUGAGGUUGGUUUGUGGAGCUUCUAAAUUUGAUGUGAAUCAAUUAUUCAAUUUAAUUGAACUGUAAUAUUUCUUUGGUAGAAAAACUAGCGGUGCGUCGGAUUUUGCAGGGAAUACUUUAGAAAUUUUGUAUCUAGUUUAUAGAUCUAGAUUGGAUCUGUAAUUUCCAAUUUUUAGAUCUGUAUUCAAUUCCUUUACUUGUUUGUUACUACUACAUUUUUAUUCAUGUUUAUCUGUAAGUUGGCGGAUUGAAGGUUAAAAUUUAUGUAAUAGAUUUUCCUAUUUGUUGA